UGCGCAUUCGAUGCUUGCUUGGUGGUUACUAUUUUCUUUGUGUGCUUAUAUUUGCUCGGUCCAAGCCGUGGUGUCUUCCGCAACACAGCAACAUCUUGCUUCCAAGCGGCAAACGGAGCUGGAGGCGGCCACAGACCGCUGGCUGCAAGCCAAAACGCUUGAUCAAACUUGCAAUGCUUGCAUAGCUUGGUUUUACCUCGUUAAACAGUUGUCCUACGGACCAGAGAACGUUCAAAAAGCGGCUCUGGUGAAGGCCUGCCAAAAAACAAAACUCUACCCGGCGGAAGUGUGCGAUGGCGUCGUAGAAGAGCAAACUCCAGUAGCUCGUGAAGUGUUGAAGACGAUGUCCAUUGGAGGCAGAGAUGGACAUUUGCUGUGCGCUGCUGCCUUCAAUUCAUGUGCUUAUCCUGAUGUCAUACCGUGGAAUAUCACCUUUCCAAAGUCGAAACCAUCGGUGAAAAAGCACCCUCGAUCCGAUACGGCGAGAAGAAAACGCACAUUCAACGUGUUGCACCUGAGUGAUUGGCAUAUUGAUCCUUCUUACGCGGCUGGUACCGAAGCAGCGUGUGAUAAACCCAUCUGUUGCAGGCGGGACAGCAACAGCGGAGAUGAGAUUCAUCAACGUGCUUCCAAGUGGGGAUCCUACCAAUGCGACGCUCCAUUGCCCCUCAUCAAUUCUAUGUUGGAAUACAUCGAGUCGUUGGACGAUAUUCGCUUUGGAUUGAUGACAGGUGACGUACCACCACACGACGUGUGGAAUACCUUACCUGUGAACAAGACAAGGAUGAUUCAAACCGAUUCGUAUCAACUAUUGCAUGCGUACUUUGACGACUCGUUCCGAGCUCGAUUGUAUCCUACAUUUGGAAACCAUGAAGCUGCACCGGCGAAUCUAUUUCCAUUGAAUGGAAGCAGCAUUCCCCAGGAUAGAUCCUACCUUAAAAUGGAGUGGCUAUAUGGUGCUCUCAAAAAAGCAUGGAAAGGCUGGAUACCACGCGAGGUAGAUGUCAAGGCUCGAAAAGGCAACUAUGCAGUGCGACCUGUGAGAGGCCUCAAGAUCGUUAGUCUCAACACCAACUUUUGCUAUACGUUUAACUGGUGGCUCUAUCAAUCACCCUUUGAAAAGGAUCCUGAUGGUAUGUUGCAAUGGCUUAUUGAUCAGCUCCAAGAGUCGGAAGACUUGCAGGAGCGUGUAUGGAUUAUGGGACAUAUUGCUCCAGGCGAUAUGACCUGCUUGCAUGACUUUAGCAACUACUAUUAUCAAAUUGUUGAACGAUACGCUCCACAUGUUAUCGUGGGGCAAUUUUUCGGUCAUACUCACAGGGAUGAAUUUCAAAUCUUUUACCGUCAUGAAAGGAAAGAUGCUGAGCAUGCCAUUGCUGUGGCCUACCUCGCUCCGUCCGUGACACCGUUUCCCCGACUUAAUCCUGGAUUUAGAGUAUACGAGGUUGAUAACGAGACUUUUGAGAUUGUGGAUAGCAAAACAUAUACUGCGAACCUCGAUCAAGCCGAUACAUGGCUCCAAGGACCGAACUGGCAUCUUGAAUACUCGGCUAGGAAGGCGUACAACGGAUCGACAGAACUAUCGUUGACACCUGCAUGGUGGCAUAAUGUUUCAGUAGCUAUGGAGCAAGACAUCCAUGUCUUUGAUAAAUAUUGGGAAUAUCGCACCAAGUCGUCGGCCGUAAGAGAAGAAUGCGACGAUGGGUGUCGACACCAGAUUCUAUGUAGCAUUCGAGCAGGAAAAUCCGAGUUAAGAUGUGACUACAAGCGGUAGCACAAUGAUGGAGGGAUCACGUUGUCAAUUUCAGUAGAAUCAACAAAAUA